AUGGUUGAUUUUUGCUUCAAGUUUGAAGCAGCAGGUGUGCUGUCAAAGGAAGCUUCUUUAGGUGCAGAGGGAGGAGAAAGCAACCGUUCUGACUUUGGUGACCUGGGCUGGCUGAACCUGAGUGACAUGUUCCUGUAUCCAGGGGAGGUACCAGCGUAUGUCCUAUCUGUCUUGAAAUUUACCUACCCUACAUUAUUCCAAGGGUGGCAGACAUUCAUUGGUGGACUUCUGCUUCAUGUGUCAUGGAAACUGGGCUGGGUGGAGAUCAACAGCAGUUCAAGAUCUGAUGUUUUCACAUGGCUUCCUGCUUCGGUGCUGUUUGUGGGUGUAAUCUAUGCUGGGUCCAGAGCCUUGUCCAGAUUGGCUGUUCCUGUGUUUCUCACUUUGCAUAAUGUAGCUGAAGUUAUCAUCUUUGGAUACCAGAGGUGUUUUCGGAAAGAGAAAACAUCUCCUGCAAAGAUCUGUAGUGCCCUCUUCCUCCUGGCCGCUGGAGGGUGCCUUCCGUUCAACGACUCCCAGUUUGAUCCAGAUGGAUAUUUUUGGGCUGUAAUUCACUUAUUCUGUUUGGGAGCUUACAGAAUACUGCAGAAGUCCCAGAAGCACAGCACGUUAAGUGACAUUGACCAGCAGUACUUAAACUAUAUAUCCAGUGUGGUGCUCCUGGCAUUUGCAUCUCAUCCCACAGGUGAUCUCUUCAGCGUCCUGGACUUCCCAUUCCUGUAUUUCUACAGAUUCCAUGGCAGCUGCUGUGCCAGUGGAUUUUUGGGAUUCUUUCUCAUGUUGAGUACAGUGAAGCUAAAAAUCCUUCUGGCCCCAGGGCAGUGUGCAGCCUGGAUUUUCUUUGCUAAGGUAAUCACAGCUGGUUUAUCAAUAUUGCUGUUUGAUGUGAUCCUGACCAGUGCAACCGUGGGGUGCCUUCUGCUUGGUGGCUUUGGAGAGGCCUUGCUGAUUUUCUCAGAGCAAAAUGGCUCUUAAAGAAGACAGUCAAGAAGAGGAGACUCACAGAUUGCCACCUGGAGGAUACAGCCCUGGGCUUGGAGCUCCCUGCUGAGUGUGUC